GAGACAACCUUCAUACAGAAAAUAUCCUCCCAUUCAUCCCUCCUUCCACUCAUCUAGCUGUUCACCUGUCGCUUAAAAACGGAAGGAAGCUGAACUUUCUCUUAUCCGACAAGAUCCUCGGAUGUGUGUGUUUGUGAGCAUGCUUCAUAUACAUUGCCUGUAUGCACAUUGCCAUGGCUACGAGCAGCGCUAGCUGGCGUCAUCACUUCAAAACCACCUUCACAGGGAGCAAAAGAGAGAAAGAAAAGGACUCAAAGCAGCUCCCUUCUGUUCAUCACCUGCACUCUCUCCUUCUCAAACUAACGCACAGAAAAGCUACUUCAGCUCCUGGUGUGGUCUCAUAUUCCGCUGAGCUCAUCCACUCCGGCCAUUGGAGUCCAGUGGCACAGAAGGAGAGGAGGGGAGAUGGUGGAAAGGAGAGAGGAGUAGCGUGGGGAAGGCUUCACUUCAUGCAUACUGAUGUGACUGGAGCUAUCUGAAUGUGUUUGUGAGGGUGUCGGCAAAGUCUGGCUUGAAUCAUUCCCCUGCCUCUCAGGAAAGAAAAGACAAGGAGCGGAAGGAGAAGGAGCGAGAUACAGACAGUUUAUUGUGUCACCUUACAUCAUCAUCCUCAACUGGAAGAACCAACUCUGCCUCACAAUGGCUGACAACAACCAGUUGCCACAGGAUACAGGAUUCGAACCGAUAAUGUGAUCCGCCUCUUUCACCAGUUCCCUGCCAUCUCUUGUAGGGGGAUCAUGACCCGCCGGCUGAGCAGCUCCACUCGUUCCCACACUGAAGACUCCAUCUUCUUGAGGCCCGAUGAAGACCCCGUCUGGUUGGAUGAACCCACAAAAGUGGAAAAGAUAGGCGAUGGAGCCGCUAAAAAGGAUGGCGUGUCUGACUGCAAAGAUGGAGGCCAAAGCCAGGAGGGAGAGGAAGUGUUUAUCCACAAAGUGUAUGCGUUGUUUGUGGAGCUUCAGUGCUGGGCUGCACUGUUCAUCAGCUCUCAAGUCACAGGGUAUUGGGUGUUCUUUGUGCUGGAAGGAAAUGGACCACUCUCUUCCUUCUACAAAGCCCUUCAGGUCAUGGACUUCUACUUGGGCUUCUUUUUACCAUGUCAAGCAAUUUUUGGAAUGGACUCUACAGUGUUGAUGAAAGAGGUACAAAACACCACACAGCACAACUGGAUUGUAAGCGGCACUGCGGUCAUUGGAGUGGCAAUCUUUGUUAUCAUGGUGAUCCACAUGGUGUCUAAGUGGUGUUACGGAACUGGCUUGUGGUCAUCAGGAACAAUUUCCAGAGAGAUCGGUGAUCGGCGGCAGUCUGUGAGCCGCCAGCCCUCCUUCACCCUGUCAGAGUGGACUGAUGCUCAGGAGGAUCUGAUGGAGCUUGACCCGGUACCGCAGACCCCCGUCUUUGACAUGGGCACAGACACCAAGAUGGAAGGAGAUGCCUCCACACUCACCGUCACCCCAGUGGGGCUUCAGGAGAGGAGAGGCUCCAAUGUUUCUCUGACGUUGGACAUGUGCACGCCAGGAUGUACAGAGCCCUACGGCUACGGGGCUCAGCUCUCUCCCCGAGACCAGUCGGCCCAGGAGUACCUCCGACAGGGAACGCACGUCCUGACCCCUGCCAUGCUGCACACAAGGGCCAUGGAUGACCAGAGCCUGCAGGCGGAGUUUUAUGAAACUCCCAUGAACUUUGUGGACCCCAAGGAGUACAAUUACCCAGGGCUUGUGAGAAAAAAUCGCUACAAGACCAUUUUACCCAAUACACACAGCAGAGUCAUCUUGAAGUCACAGGAUGAGGAUGAUUUUCUUUCAACCUACAUUAAUGCAAAUUAUCUCAAAGGUUAUGGGGAUGAGGAACAAGCUUACAUUGCCACGCAGGGCCCCACUGUGAACACAGUGGGAGACUUCUGGAGGAUGGUGUGGCAGGAGAGAAGCCCGAUUAUAGUGAUGAUCACCAAUCUGGAGGAGAAGAACGAGAAAUGUGCAGAGUACUGGCCUGAGGACACCGUGACCCAUGAGGGCAUAGAGAUCACUGUUGUCUCAGUAACCCAAGAGGAUGACUACAGCCUGAGGGUGUUUACUCUAAAGUGUGGGGAAGAGGAGCGCACCCUUCGGCAUUACUGGUACACCUCCUGGCCGGAUCAGAAGACCCCAGAUAAGGCUCCACCCCUGCUGGAGCUGGUCCAGCAAGUGGAAGCAGCCAGAGAGGAAGCCCCGCCAUCCAGUGGCCCGAUAAUUGUCCAUUGCAGUGCUGGGAUUGGUCGAACUGGCUGCUUCAUUGCCACCUCCAUCCUGUGCAAACAGCUGAGGACUGAGGGUGUGGUUGACAUCCUGCGAACCACCUGCCAGCUCCGUCUGGACAGAGGUGGAAUGAUCCAGACCUGUGAGCAGUACCAGUUUGUGCAUCAUGUCCUCAGCCUGUCUGAGAAGCAGCUGUCUCACUCCGCCGAAGAAUAACGUGAGCACAACAGCCGCACCCAGACCGAGACACACCACUGUACACCGUACCACCUGUGGUGGUAUGCACCACCUUACCUAGCAUUGUCACACAAUCUCACCCUUUAACAACCUAAACCAUGUUAAUCUCUUCAUCCAAACCAGGCUCGUUCAUAUGGGACUGUGCUUAAUGUUGCUGUACAGAAUCAACAAAGAGGUGGAAUAGAGGCAUGACGGAAAAAUCCUUAUCGAAAACUGUUUUAGCAUCUGUCCAGCAGGCCUGUUCUAAUCCAAGCCCAUCGUCCCUGUGUUGCUUCGUUCGUGCUGCUGAGACUUUGCAUCAAACUGAUUCUCAGAGGUCUGAGUUGUCAAGGCCUUGUUUCAGUCUUGGUCUGAAAUAGCUCCAUUAUGUAAUGAUUGUACAGCUAUCAAAAGGUUAUAGUAGAAGCAAGGCAUUCUCAGAUCUCUCGCACUAGAGUUUGCUUUAAGAAAAUUCAGUUAAGUUAGUGAUUAAAAUAAGGGCCCUUUACAGUAUAAGUGCCAGCAUAAUUGAAUCCUACAGAGAUAAUCAAAUACCAGCCUAAUAUGUACCACUAUAUUGAUGUAAAUGUUAACCAACAUUUAGCUUUUUUCUCACUGACUCUCUUUUAAUGUAAAAAAAAUAAUUGCAGAAGGCCUGAGUCACCUCAUUUUCAGGUUGCAUGGUGCUAAGUAUUUGUUAAAGGCAUGUGCAAUGUUAUGGAACAUAGGAAUGUAAAAGUUAGACUAAUUAGGGUUUCUGUGCAAACUAAAGUAUUUACGUUUUUUUAGUCCAGGCUGCGUGUGGCAGUUCUCAUGGCCCGUGGUGUUUACAGAAAACAACAUCCUAAAUGUUCCAUCAGAGGCGUCACAGAGCCACAGCAAAGUGGCAAAAGCCAGAAACAGAAUCCCCGAAACGUGAACAACAGCGUGGAAACGGGCGAUCUUGCAGAGGAAAGCAACAACCUGGAGGGCGGUGACAUUCAGUUUGUUUUCAUAUCCCUCUCGUCAGAAUUGUUCCAUAAAGUUUGUCGUCCUUCUGCUCUGUGAUGCCUCUGCUUACAACAGUAGCUUGAACGCAUCUGUGAGGUAACAAAGCUCAUGAUUGUUGUAUAGACAGGCCAGGCCUAAUCUGUAUGAAGCACAAUAGACCAACUAAGGUUGUCUCUCUGAUGUUCAGCUGUAAAGCUUAUUUUUCUGUAUUGUGUUUUUGAUUGUGUUGAGUUUAAUGGAUUGCAUGUGCCGUAUGGGACUCAGUAGGGUCCACAAUCAAAGCGACGUGAUUGGUUGUCCCGCUUUUCGUUGUGUGAAAAAAAGGUAAAAAGCCUAUUAUUAUUAUUAUUAUUAUUAUUAUUAUUAUUAUUAUUAUUAUUAUUAUUAUUAUUAUUAUUAUUAUUAUUAUUAUUAUUAUUAUUAUUGCUUGCUCUCAGCCAAUGCUUUUGAUACAGUUUGCUUUUGUGAAACCAACCAGAGAUAUUUUUAGAACAUUUUGAUACAAUCCUUUCGAGUAGAUGCCUUGUGUAUAUUUCUGUUUACAACAUAAUGGAAUGUAGCUCAUACUGUGGAUCAAAACCAUUGGUUUAUAUUGCAAGAUUUAAGAGAACAAAAUGUGACAACUACCUAAGUUACCUUACAGUAAAGUAAAUAGAUAUAUUAUGUUCAGUCUUGAGUAUUACUAUUACUUUAGGCCUUUAGGCUUUGCUUUAAUAUGCUUUGCUUUCUGUGUAUGUUUUUAUUGUUUUUCCUGGAGAAUUUUACCUCAGACUGAGUUUUUACACAGUCCCUGUUUCCAUCUGUGAAUCUAGACCGCUCUCAGUUGACAACACAGUUGAGAAAUAAAUGCUAUGUGCAAGGCAGCUAAAACAGUGCAGAUAGUUUUCUAUGUAACAAAAAUCCAACAACUUCUACCGCUGUGAACAUUAUCAGAGGACCUAAAACAAUUACUUUUGUGGGCUCUGACCCAUAACUAAACACAAACUCAACAAGAAGGACUAAACUGCCAAAAUUGCUAGUAAAAUAACACUGAACUGAGACUGGCAACAAAUGCUACAAUCUAUUGCCAGGGCUCUGACAUAAUCCUCUGAUAAUGUUCAGUGUCCUCGACCCAACAGCUUUUCUUUUGAGUGUUUGUUACCAGUGCUUCAAUUGUCCUCUUUUAAUGUUUCAAAUGAAGAUAACAAAAACAGCCAGUCACACAUACAAUAACCAGCAAUCAGUAUUCCUCUCCUCUGCUAAAAUAUUGCUUUAAGUUGUGAGUUUUUGCAUCCAAAUAAAAGUAGAUUUUCAUGAAUUGGUCUUAGUGUCUCUUUCGUAGUGCACAUCCUCUGGGUUCACGAUAAUUUUGCGCCGUGUUUUUGUCUUUUACGUCUGCCUACUAGCAUGCUGUUGAAGUCCGACUCACAUUGUGUUUCCACAACGUGGCCACUAGAUGUCAGUAAUUGCUCACCUUGCCGUUGGCUCACACCCUUUAAAUUGUUGAUAAAAGUCAUAGUGGAGCAGAGAAACGGCUAAGAAAUUUAUUCUACAUCUAAUUUAAUUUAAUCUUUCGAUACUUGUUAUGAAACAGAUGACCAACAUUUAUUUUUGUUUCCCUGUCCAGACACAGUGCUGUCAAAGUAUUUAAUUUCUUUUUCAUGUUUUUUUUUUUCUUUUUUGUCACACUUUAAGUUUAUGAACUGAUUUAUUGAAGGGAAGCUUAUAUUAAAUUUAAUUCCUUUCUUUUUUUUAACAGAAUAUAAAGAAUUGAAAAAUCCAAAGAGCUGUUAUAGUUAUAGUGCUGUUUAGUUCUUAGAGUUUUGAUACAUUGCAUGAAAUAAAGGCUUUUUUUAAUUAUUAUUUUCCAGAAAGAGCUUAAGUGAUUGUGUAUUUGGGUGUAGUCCAAAAAGAAGGAGAAGGUGGCUUGAUCAGAGAGCCUUUUAAACAAGAACCACCAUUAAGGAAAACAUAAAAAACAUAGAUCCCAAGUUACGGUUUCAAUGCUUGUGAAACUCUGUGAAAAGGUGUGUUUUAGUGUUG